AUGAAUGAUAAAUGUCGUCGAUUACAUAUUGGAAUAAUUGGAUGUGGAUGUAGUGGUUUAGUUACAUUAAAAGAAUUAUUAGAUGAAGGUCAUGAAUGUACUGUUUUUGAAAAAUCAAAUUGUGUUGGUGGUUUAUAUAGAGAAGCAUAUCAACAAGGAAUAUUUGUAUCAAGUCAUAUAUUAACUAUGUUUGGAGAUUUUGUUGGAAAAGAUGAAAAUAUUCUUGAAGAACCUCGAAUGUUAUCAUUUAUUGAAUAUUCUGAAUAUUUAAAUGAUUAUGCUGAGAAUUUUCAUUUAAAAAAAUAUAUUGAAUUUAAUACAGAAGUUAAAUCAUUAUGGAAAGAUUAUUCAAAUAAUAAAUGGAAUAUUCUUUUAAAUAAUUCACAAAAUAUUUAUUCAUUUGAUCGUAUUGCAAUAUGUUGUGGAAUAUUUGGUAAUAAAAAUGUUCCAUUAUUUCAAAAUCAAGAUUUAUUUCAAGGAAAAAUCAAACAUUUAAAAGAUAUUAAACAUUAUGAAGAUUUUACUAAUAAAUCAAUAUGUAUUGUUGGUAGUGGAGAAUCUGCAAGUGAUAUGAUAUUAGCUGCUGCACAAUAUGGUAAAAAAGCUUUUUUAUCAAUAAGAAAUGAUCAUGGAUUUCUUAUACCACGUUAUAUACAUGGUAAUCAAUAUGGACCAGCAGAUUUAGAUACGUCACGUGCUCAUCAUUCAAUUCCACGGGCAUGGGGAAUUCUCCAUACAUAUAUUGAUAUGAUAAAUAGUUUAAUAAAAUCUUAUAUAAAAUGUUUUAUCUAUCAAAAAGGUCACUCAACUGAAUAUGAUUUAAUAAGACGUAAAGGAAUCUAUAUGAAUUUAAAACAAAUUCGAACAAGUAAUAUUUGGACAACAUAUGGAACAAAAAAUUCGAAUUUAGUUGAAGCAUUAAUUAAAUAUAAAGAUAAAUGUUCACGAAAACCAGGGAUAAAAGAAUUAAGAAAAAAUUCAAUUAUAUUUAAUGAUAAUACAGAAGAAUUUGUUGAUGAAAUUAUUUGUUGUACUGGUUUUCAAAAUUCAUUUCCAUUUAUUGAAUUAAGUUCCGAUGCUGAUCAAGAUUUAAAAGCAAUUGUAAAUCAAUCGAAAAUCUCACAUAAUUUAUAUAAACAUUGUUAUCAUCCUGAUUUAGGUGAUGAAAUUGUUUGGAUUGGUUUUGCUCGGCCAGCAUUAGGUGCUAUUCCACCAUUAAUUGAACUUCAAGCACGUUAUUUUGCUUUAUUAUGUUCAAAUAAAUUAAAAUUACCAAAUAAAACAGAUAUGAAUAAACAAAUUUCAAAAUAUGUGAAGUAUUUAGAAUGGCAAUUAACACCUUAUAGAGUAAAUCGUCUUACUAAUUUAACUGAUUAUUUAAUUUAUACAGAUGAUUUAGCAAGAAUUAUUGGAUGUCGACCUAAUUUUACUAAGAUAUUUUUUACAGAACCAAAAUUAUGGAUGAAAUUAAUGUUUGGACCAUUAUUAAAUGCUCAAUAUCGUUUAGUUGGUCCACAUGCUAAACCAAAACAAGCAAAAGAAAUUAUUUUAAAAGCUAAAUGGGUUAUACAACCAAAUAUUUUAUAUUUUAUUAUGUUAAUUAUUUAUGCUUUUUUUUGGUUAGUUUUUAGAAUUGAAUCAUGUAAACCAGCAGCUUGGUAUCCAUUAUAG